CACCAACUCAAUCUGACGGAAACAACGAUAUCAGUCGCUGCCAGAUCAACUAAUCGAUAAAUCGCAGUUGAUAGCAUCAGGAAUCUCAAAAGCAAAUUUUAUCCAAACCGACAACGACUAUCGCGUGGAGAUAGCAUGCUGCUGCAAGUUUACAAUUUAUGCUAAAAUUAUCAUAGAGCGGCAACGAAAGGCAGCGAAGCAGCGCAUAACGACGAGAUUUAGAUCAGGAGAGUGACCUACAAUCCAGCCAUGGGACGACGACGGAGUUGGGGCGUCCAGCUGGUGGCUCUAGCGGCGGUGUUACUUACGCACAAUUUGGCAACUUCAUUUCCGCAGCACUACGACUACGUUAUCGGGGAGGAGUUGGGACCGGGCGGGGGAAGCGGGUUGGUGGCGGCCAAGCAGGGCUUCAAGUGCCCCGAAAUGACGGCCAUUAGCGAGUGCAGCUGCAUGUACGCCAGCUCCGAUUACGAGAUUCAGUGUCCCGUGACUAAUCCGGAAAUUACAGUGAAAAUCAAACCAGACAAGUACGCCCAGAUCCAGUGCUAUGACCGGCAUGAUUUUGGGGAGUUGCCCCAGCUAACGCUGGGUGACACCGAGCAGGUCAAAAUCAUUCACUGCACGUUACCGCCGCACAUCUCAAUUCGGCAGUACAUCAACUUCCUUGGCGUGAAGCACAUGAAGGAGUUCUGGUACCAAAACUACGGCAAAGACCUCGGAGUCCGGCUCGUCCGUCAGCACUUUGACGGCAUGCAAGACCUGGAGAAGCUUUUCCUUAGCUCCGGCAUCGAGGACAUCCAACCGGACCUGUUCGCCAACCUGUCCAACCUGAAGUGGCUCGUCCUGCGAAGCAACCACGUCAAGCUACUCCACAACGUUUUCGACAACCUGACCAACCUGACCGUCCUCGAACUCGGCGCCAACCAAAUCACCGAACUCGAACCCGGUCUGCUGAAAAACCAACGCAAGCUCCUUCUCCUUAACCUGUGGCGCAACCAACUCCGCAACAUCACCAAAGAAUCCUUCCGCGGCGCCGAAUCCCUCCAACAGCUCGACCUCUCCGUCAACUCCAUGGAAUCCCUCAACCCGGACGUCUUCGAGCUGCUCCCCAACCUGCUCGAGCUCAACCUCGGCUUCAACCGCUUCUCCGCCCUGCCCGAGAACCUCCUCGCCGAAAACCGCAAGCUCAAAGACUUCAAGUUCAUCAACAACCAGGUCCCCAUGCGAACCCUCCCCCCGAACUUCCUCGGCAACCUCCCCCAGCUCACCAAGGUCUUCCUGAACCGGUGCAACUUUGUCGAACUCCCGCCGUCCCUGUUCCGCGGAUCCAGUGCCAUUCUCGAGCUCGACCUCAGCUACAACCAGCUGAACGCUCUGCCGGAGCUGCUGCUGCGCGAUCAACGCGACCUUCAAACGCUGAACCUGGCCUACAACGAGCUGGAAGUGCUGCCCGAGAUGCUGCUCGAGAAUACGUCCAAGCUGCUGACGCUGCGGCUGAGCUACAACAGGCUGCGCAAUUUGACCAGCAACAUCUUCGCCUCGCUGAAACAGCUGACGGAGUUGCACCUGGGCAAUAAUAUGCUGCACACGAUCCACGUCAACACGUUUUCGCAGACGACGGCCCUGAAGCGGCUGGACAUGCAGAACAACCAGCUGGCCUUCCACGAUCUCAGCUUCGUCGUCGAGGAGCAGAACAUCGCCGAAGGGGACGGAACGCCGUUCCAGUAUCUGGAGUCACUGCAGGUGCUGAACCUGCGCAACAACAGCAUCACUACUGUGUUCCGAGAUUGGAACGUGCUGAACCUGAAGCUGAAGGAUCUGGACCUGAGCUAUAACAACAUUUCCUCGCUGAACUACCACCGGUUCGAGUUUUUGUCCGAGUCGAUUCGGGUUAACUUGAGCCAUAACCGCAUCUCGGAGAUCGACCUGAGCGACAUGGAGUCGAUCAUCGGGACGUCGUACAACAGCGACGCCUCGAAGAUCUACGUGGACGUGAGUCACAACCCGCUGGAUUGCAGCUGUAUCUUCUUCUUCUUCGCCCAGUACCUGCAGAAGGAGAUGAACGAAACAGUUUACAAGCGGAUCGAGAUCGACACGAGCAACCUGCAGUGCGCGGAACCGAAGGAUCUCCGCGGAACUCCCGUCGGGCAGGUCAAGUCCGAGGACGUUUUGUGUGAGCUGGACCGACCCGGAACUAGCAUUCGUCGAUGCCCUGUCGGCUGCAGCUGCUCUACCCGCCGCAAGGACUUUGCCGUCAUCGUCAACGGAACCGGCCAGGGACUCGUCCAGAUUCCGGAACUUCCGCUGCCCCAAUCGUUCGGAUUCCGCUUCAUCGAGCUGCACAUGGACCACAACAACAUCACGGAACUGCCAACGGACGCCCUCCCCGGCUAUUCCAGCGUUGCCAAGCUGUACGUUGCCAACAACGCCAUUUCCGAGCUUCUUCCCGAGAAUCUCCCGGCUAGCUUGCGCAUCCUAGACCUGACCCACAACCGCCUGACCAGCCUGAACGAAUCCGUCGUGGAAGCGCUCAACAGCAGCAAGCAGCUGACGAACCUCAAACUGUCCGGCAAUCAGUGGCGCUGCGACUGCACGACCUCGGAAAUGCUCCGCUUUGUGCGCAACAGCUUCCGCAAGGUGUCGGACAUCUCCCAGGUGGCCUGCAACGACGGAACCUCGAUCGAAGCCAUCCAGAUCGGAGAUCUGUGCAACGAAAACCUCAACACGUACAUCACGCUCAGCAUCAUCCUGUCGAUCCUGGGACUGCUGAUCGGACUGCUCACCGUGCUGUUCUACACGUACCACAUGGAGAUCAAGGUGUGGAUGUUCACGCACAACGUGUUCGUGUGGCUCGUCACCGAGGAGGAGCUGGACAAGGACAAGAUGUACGACGCGUUCAUCUCGUACUCGCACAAGGACGAGGACUUUAUCACCGACCACCUGAUUCCGACGCUCGAGAAGGAGCCGAUGAACUUCAAGACGUGCUGGCACGUACGCGACUUUAUGCCCGGCGAGCUGAUCCCGACGCAGAUCAUCAAAUCCGUCGAGGAGUCCCGCCGCACGAUCGUCGUUCUGUCCAGCAACUUCCUCCAGUCCGAGUGGGCCAAGAUGGAGUUCCGCACCGCCCACAUCAACUCCAUGUCCGAGAAGCGCGUCCGCGUGAUCAUCAUCAUCUACGGAGACAUCGGCGACAUCGAGAACCUGGACUCCGAGCUGAAGGCCUACCUCAAGAUGAACACCUACGUCAAGUGGGGCGAUCCGUGGUUCUGGGACAAGCUGCGCUACGCCAUGCCGCACCCCCCGACCGUCAAGGGACUGAAGCGAUCCGGCCUGAUCAAGAACCACAUCCGCAGCUCCGUCGACGACAAGCUAGAGCUUAUCAAACCCGUCCCCGUUACGCCACCCCCACUGACCACGCCCCCCGCGGAAAUGAACGGCUCGCUAAGCCCCGCCCCCUUCAUAAUCUCGAACGGAAAAUCGCUCAUGAACGGAAACGGCUAUCACCACGCCGGAAACGGACACCUGCUGAAUGGCCACGCCAACGGACACGUGAACGGCGCUUACGUCAUCAACAGCAACGCCAAGCAGAGUGACGUGUAGAAGGAUCAAAGACUGAACGCCGCGUGAGAUUAGGAAGCCCCUUCACAUUAAAAAAAACCAACAAACAAUCUCGACACCUUUAAAUUGUGAUAAAGACAGACAAAACAAAAGCACGCGUAGCUGAAUCUCCCCAUCCCCUAAUACUAACCCUAAAACUGAGUGCGGAAUAUAUCAUUAGCGCAAAUCGGCAAAGAAAAAAAGUCAUUUGUACAAAACGAUACUGUAGUCUAAGAUCUCGAGACAGAACGUUAAGAAUCUUCUGUGGCAAGAUUCUAUUACGGUGACUGAAUAACACAAAUUCACGCAAAAAAAAAAAAAACAAAUGAACACUUAGAGCUUCAGCAAAAAAAAACAAGAGAACGAAUCCAAAUUACUUACGAUAAAGCCUUUUGUACAUAGAGACUUAUUUAUUAUUAGUGUCUUUUUUGGAGGUAGCAUUAAGACACGUAAACAACACACUCGAAUAAGCAAUCUUUGUUUAAAUACCUUACACUAUACUCGUCGUAAACGUUAAGCUAAGUUAAAAAAACUACUAUUUGUUUUAUAACUCUUGAAUGAAUUCGUUGUUUUUCCAACUAAAAAUCAGCAAAUUUUGCUAAGAUUUGUACCCUUUCCCCACUAAUUUUAAGCAAAAACAGUGCAAGCGAUUGUUAGUUUUUUUUCUAUUCUUAUUUGUAAACAAUUGUAAAAGAUAACGAAAACCCGGUAGCGUUAAGUAGUUUGUUAAAAAGAAACGACGACACAGCAAGUGUAUCUGAAUCUAUCCCAAAAAAUAAUAGCAAUAUAUGGAGAUCACAUUGUGAGACAACUUAAAAAAAAGAAGAGUACGAAUGAAACUAUGGAUGAAAUAAAUAUGUAAAUUUUUAAAUGA